AUGGAAGCAGAGAAUCUCACAGGAACUAUGGAAUUUAUUCUUCUAGGACUUUCAGAGGAUCCGGAACUCCAGCCUCUCAUAUUUGGAUUUUUCCUUCUAAUGUACUUGAUCACUGUGCUUGGAAAUCUGCUCCUCAUCCUGGCCGUCAGCUCAGACCCUCACCUGCACACGCCCAUGUACUUCUUCCUGUCCAACCUGUCUUUUGCGGACAUCUGCUUUACCUCCACUAUCAUCCCCAAGAUGCUGGUGAACAUCCAGACACACAGCAAAGCCAUCACCUAUGAUGGAUGCAUCACCCAGAUGUAUUUUUUCAUACUGUUUGCGACAUUGGACAACUUCCUUCUGACAGUGAUGGCCUAUGACCGCUAUGUGGCCAUCUGCCACCCCCUGCACUACACAGUCAUCAUGAACUCUCGGCUCUGUGGAUCGCUGGCUCUGUUAAGCUGGGUCAUCAGUGCGCUGCGUUCCUUGCUGAACUCUUUAUUGACAUUGCAACUGUCCUUCUGUGCAGAACAGGAAAUCCCCCACUUUUUCUGUGACCUCAAAGAAGUGGUCCAGGUUGCUCAUUCUGACACCCUCCUGAACGUCACAGUGAUGUAUCUGGAAGCUUUGCUUCUGGGAGGUGCUCCCUUUGCUUGCAUCCUUUACUCUUACUCUAAAAUCAUUGCCUCCGUACGCCGCAUCUCCUCGACUCAGGGGAAGUAUAAGGCAUUUUCCACCUGUGUGUCUCACCUCUCUGUGGUCUUGCUGUUUUAUGGUACAGCCCUUGGAAUAUACCUGAGCUCUGCUGUUCCUCAUAGUUCACAAUCUAACACCAUCGCCUCAGUGAUGUUCACUGUGGUCACCCCCAUGCUGAACCCCUUUAUCUACAGUCUGAGGAACAAGAACUUACAGAUGGCUCUGAAAAAAGUCUUUAGGUCAAAAAUUUAA